CCGAACCCAUAUCCAGAUAACCUGCAUAUAGUGUGCAAAGCAUUGGUCACUAAAAUACUGUUCAAUGGGUUGACAGCCAUUGGCGUCGAGUUUAUAGUGAAUGACAUUUCGUAUACGGUUUACGCCAACAGAGAAGUCAUUGUUUCCGCCGGUGCCAUAAAUACACCCCAAUUAUUGAUGCUCUCAGGCGUGGGUCCGAAACAGCACUUGAAUAGCCUUAAUAUACCGGUUGUAUUCGAUUUACCGGUUGGACAGCAUUACAGGAAUCAUCUAAAUACUCCAAUUAUAACCCAAUUAAAACCACAAUACAUGUACCUAGCUAAUAAAGUACCUCAAUUAAAUAUAGAUGAAUUGAAACAGCUGUAUUAUGAACAUGGUGGACCGUUGGCAAACAUUGUCACAUUAGUAUUAUAUUUAAACACACGUCUAAACCGAGACAAAGAGUGGCCAAAUGUGAUGCUUGAAUUUGGACACAUCUCUAGUGUUAUAUACAUUACCGUUGGUUUAGUGCGGUUUAAAAGUUACGGCUCAAUACGGCUCCAGUCAACCGAUCCAUUGUUGCCCCCAUUGAUUGACCCGAACUGGUAUUCACAGCCCAUUGACAGAGAAAAUAUGUUGGAUGCGGUGACCAUGGUGUUUGAGAUGUUAGAACAAUCAACAUUGGCACAAUAUUUACAACCUUUACCUUCAUUUUUAUCAAUAGGUUGUCCCGACUGUCCGGACAAACAGUAUUUGUAUGAAUGCGUUGAGGGAUUGAAGUGUUAUAUUAAAUACAAUACAAACUCUGGUGAUCACCCGUCGGGCACCUGUCGUAUGGGUGCGAUAGAGAGACCGGACGUUGUAGUCGACCCCCAAAUGAGGGUUAAGGGGGCCAACAAUCUAAGGGUUUGCGACGCCUCUGUCUUUCCCGUUAUACCCAACGCUAACACCGCCUCCGCAGCGAUACUCACGGGCUAUAAAUGCGCGCAAAUUAUUAUAUCAGAUUAUAAUUUA